AUGCUUAGAGGGACUAAACUGCUUCUAAGGCUAGACUUGAGACUCUACGCAACUAGGCCUUCAAAAAGAGUCCACAACAACCGCGAUACGAGCAGUUUUAGGUACAAAAAUGGAAGUAAGAAGAAGAAUAGAAACCUCUUACUCGAUGCCCUGGAACACCAGCUAAAUACUGGCAAGCUUCCCGCUCAUGGUACUCAAUUGAACAAAACAGUGUCAAUACUGCUCGAGGAAGUGCUGCCAAACACCACAGUGUCCUUGCAACAGCUGCGAAAACUGUUCCAACUCAUCUUGCAGGGAAAAGUGAGCACUUCGCACAUCGACAGAGCCUGCAGUGCUCUUUUAGUCGAGCAGGACGGCAUGGUAAAUGUAACAGAACCGCAGGCCAAGGCUAGAACAUUUAAAACGGCGGAAAAGGCUCGUUCAGACUUGCUGGAAUUGCAUCCGUCCACAUCGAAAGAGCUUCACAAGACUUUGGACAUUUUGAGUCCUGAAAUGACAGCUUCUGGUGGUACUGUUGAACCAAACCAGAAAGCAGACUGGGUAGCCUCUGCUUCGAACUCUAAAGAUAUAAACCUCUCGUCCUUACAGAGUUUUCUUCAAACAACAGAAAAAACGAAACGAGAACAGCGACAAUUCGCAUCUGAACAAACCAGAAAAUAUCAGUGGAACCAGAACUCCGGUAGCACCACCGGACUCUCACCGGGUAUGCUGAUUUUUGAUAACAGUACCUCGCGAAGAAGGUCGUUCUUUUCAAAGAUUUUUUAUUGGAAGGGUUUAGGCAUCGCUCAGCCGGAUAGUAAAGGUAAUCAAGCUCCUGUGGCAAUGUCUACCGAACUGCUUCUAUAUGAUCUGGAUAAGGGGACCAAGUUGCUGACUUCAUGGAAAGCUCAAUUGACUAAUUUACAUAUAGAGUACAAGGACCUGUUCACGGUGAUAAACGGCAGCAGCAGAUCACCAGAACAUUUGCUCAAGAUCAUUACAGAUCUCGAGCGCGAAAAAUGGCAGCUGAUAGGAGACUCCGCGGUGGACGGGGCAAGAAAGCUGGUCUUCAAGCGGGAACACGAGAAAACUGCCGGUAAACGUGGAUUCCUGCUAGCAUUAAACAUAGGACUCACGAUUCUAUUCGUGGGAUUUGCGUCAUAUGGAUUGCAGCUCAGAGAGCAGCGAUUGCAAAAAACCGCUUCGUCAAAUUCUCAAAAUCACCAUGCAAAAGAAACAUAG